AUGUCGCCGACCUUGGCAGACGAGGAUAUCGAAAAGCUCUUCUCGGGGGCACCCCAGUUCUUCGCCCGGAACGAGAGCCACUUCUACGGCGCCCCUCACCCCAGCAUCGCCUUUUUGUUUGACGAGGAGCUGGAAAUCAGAGACUUGACCGACCACGUUCAAAUCGAAGACAAGGCGUGGAGCUCAAUCACGGCGUGGCCGCACCUGACCAGGGACAUUGAGCACGAUGCUGCCGCCAGGAGGCAGCAGCAUGACCGACACAAAGCUCACUUCCAUGUCAAGUGCCGGGAGCGCCCCAACAUGAUAAGCAUGUCCGGCUUGGAAAAGGGGACCAUGGGUUACCAAGCCGCCCUGGAACUACCUACCGGGGACUCUCUCGAGGAGGAACAGUUCGGGUUCGAAAGCCUAGGCACCAAAGCCAAGGUGAUUGUGGACGCCAGGGAUCAAAUCAUGUCGCCCAAUGGCAUGCUACGCCGUCUACCAGAGCCGGAACUGCUGGACAGGCUCAGGCGCAACAGCGAGGUGUACCGAGAUAAUGACUUGAGGAACAGGACUGCGGUGGAGACGUACAAGGAUCUUUUCCACAGCUGCAUGCGGCCCACAAGCACCGUCGUGGACCAGGCCAACCAUUACAGCCUCAACAACCAAAUCCGCGCCUUGCUGAGAUGCCUCGGCGUGGCGAACGUCUGGAUCGACUUCUCACGCGUGGAAUGGAGGAUACGGCUGGGCCAGGUGCUGUGGGGGGAAAACGACGGGGACGAGCUAGACGACGACACGGCCAUUCACGACACGGACGACGCCAAGGAGCGUGCCGAGGAAAAAUACUGGCUGCUGAUGCAGAUUCUGCUGGCAACCGAGCUGCUCAUCCGGCUGGACGCCGUCACCGAAGGCAUCGAGUAUGGUGUGAGUGGAGUGCGACCGAUUGACGUCGUCCAUUUCGAGCGCGCAGCCUCCCAAACCGUCAAGUGGUCCCUGUUGCUGGCUAGGAGCUGGCUUGACAACAUUGACAUUGUCAGGGAGGACGACUCCUCGUCACUGCAACAACGCCCGCCUGCGCCACGUCGCGGGAGCAGCUGGCUCGCAGCACUGGCCAGCAAGAUGACCAACAAGCACCACAAGAAGAACAGCGUGCCACCAUAUCACUUCACCAUCAAAGGCCGCCACGGGCAGCGGCAAGUCGACGGCCUGACCCAUUUUGCCAAGAAGCUGAUGUGGCCGGGAAUAGACCGGUACGAAACCAAGAUAUCGGAAAACGCGCAACUGGCCGUCGAGGAGACGCCUGGGCGGAGGGCGAGCUCGUUGUCCAUACAGUCGCUGCAGUCCAACUGCGGUGCCUGGGACAUCACCUGCAACCAUGGGAAACGCAAGGGUCGCGCGCAGGCCCAACGCAGGAGGCUAGCAGCAGCGUUGCACGAGUCGGGCUGGUUGACGAAAUCGUACGUGUUUGGACUAGUGCUGCCUGGCGACUCGUUGUAUCACUAUCUCAUGGCCACCCUGCUGGAGAACGACACGGAAGCAAUGGCCAAGCUGGGCCCGUUUGCCAAUCUUUCCGGAGGGUUCGUGUACUCGGGGAAGAGUUUCUGGAGCACCAGCUGCAUCGUCGGCCGCGUCCUCGCCGCCGGCAAAGGAGCAGCGGACUGCAUGGGCUGGAUCUCUACCGACGUGCUGCCAGAGGGCAUCGAAGACGGGUGGCUGACGAUAGAGGUGGAAGAUGUCGCAGAAGACGUGGCCCAACUGGGCAAGAAGGCAAGGUUGUGGGGCAAGAAGAAGGUCGAGCGUGAAUCGUCAAUUCUGGGCAACGGCAAGGAGAACUUUAUCAAGGCGGCAGACUUUGUCAUACCCCACGAGAACAAGUACGCGACGCCUCCGCCGACCGUCUACGCCGAGCUCCUGUCCCUCGAUCUCACCUCGCCCGCAGAGCUCGUCCCCGCCACACCCUUGUCGGAGAUGGUGCCGACUCCGACGGUGGAACACUGCACCAAGUGCCCCGAGCUGGUGUCGUAUCCAGCAUGCCUCAAGUUCUUCGUCUCCGUCGGAGGAGGCAAAGAAGAAGAGUUUGUUUUCCCGUUGAUGUACGAUGUCAACUUUGUCACAGCGCAUCCUUGCGCCCCGUCGCAAAGAGUCAGGGUCGUCAAGUCUCCGGCCAGCCCUACGGCUCUGCAAAUGAAGAGCUUUGGGGACGUUGCGGGGGGCGGCUCGAGAUGCAGAUUCAGGACAGGCCACCCACUUCAUACCUUCUACGAGUUCACCGUCAUCCACAUCUCGGAGCUGGUUCAAAAGCCGCGCACGACGCUGGCCGAGUUUCUAGUAGACCCGUCGCUGGGAAAAGGCGGGACGAACCGAGUCUUGGUGAUUGACUGCAUUACCGGGUUUGCCGAGCAGCCUCAAUCGCCCGCGUUUGAGAGGAUCAUGACGCCGUCGUCGUCGCCGAUACUGGACAGGAAAGGAAGCUUCUCUGCGGCGGCUCGCAUGCACUUGGAGUCUCAGAAGCGGCAGUUUGGCUCCGACAUGGAGAUUAUGGUCAGGGCCAUGUGUGCGCAGAGAGGCUGGAACGCCAUCAUCAGCCGGAGGAAGAGGAGCUGCCUGGCUUGUGCGAUUCGAGAGGCCGGGGCCUUGGCCUGGAAAGUCAUUGUCCGGGUGCCAUGA